CCCCUACCCAUACACCACUCUGAUGAAUACUUCAUGGAAAAAAAAGUCUCAUCUGCAGCAGCAGCAGCAGCAGGACUAACGCUGAUAAGAGGGGAAUUUGUUUAUUUUAUUCAACAUAAAAGUUUAUGUAAAUUUGGCUGGUCGUGAGCGUAAAACAAAAUAGUUGUGAAAGCGCGCUGUAAGCAAACAAUUUUAGCAUUGGUGGCGGUAACGAAAACAACAACAAACAAAUAGCAAACAACAAAAAUCCAGCAAAAUUUUGGCAGCCAAAGUGGUGGCAGCGACUGCGACGGCGACGACGACUGCGACCGCGACAGCGACAGGAUGUGGGACUCGUCAAUGUUUCUGAGCACACUGACGCCAAAGUUUUACGUAGCGCUCACAGGCACCUCGAGCUUAAUCUCGGGUCUCAUCUUGAUAUUCGAAUGGUGGUAUUUUCGCAAAUAUGGCACAUCAUUUAUAGAACAAGUAUCGAUCAAUCACAUUAGUCCCUGGAUUAAUGGCAACGAUGCUCAGUCGGAUAAUGGCAGCGGCAGUAGCAGCAGCAGCGGCUCCUCCAGCAGCAGCAAUGGAGGUGGAGGUGGUGCCAAUGGCGGUGGCAACAAUGCCAAUUCAGGCAACAGCAGCGGCACACCCGAAUGCAAAGUGUGGCGCAAUCCACUCAACUUAUUUCGCGGUGCCGAAUAUCAACGCUUCUUUUGGGCCACCAGCAAGGAGCCAUUGACGUACUACGAUAUGAAUCUGAGUGCCCAGGAUCAUCAGACGUUCUUCACGUGCGAGGGCGAUGCCCGCAAGGAGGAAUACGAAAUCAUGCAGACGGCGUGGCGUGAACGCAAUCCAAUGCAACGCAUCAAAUCCGCACAUAAUGCGCUGGAGAUCAAUGCGGAAUGUGCACCCGCUUACAUACUGCUGGCCGAGGAGGAAGCGAUGACCAUACUCGAGGCGGAGAAGAUACUGAAGACGGCCCUCAAGGUGGCCGAGCUCAAUUAUCGGAAAUCGCAGGCGACGCAACAUCAAGGCGCCAUCGCUGAUGGCGUUCACAGGCGCGACACGAACGUGUUGAUCUAUAUCAAGCGACGGUUGGCGAUGUGCGCCAGGAAACUCGGCAAAUUGAAGGAGGCCGCGAAGAUGUUUCGUGAUCUGACCAAAGAGAUACCGUCGAUCAUGAGUGUGCUGAACAUACACGAGAAUCUCAUUGAGACACUCCUCGAGAUGCAGGCGUAUGCCGAUUGCCAUGCCAUACUGGCCAAAUACGAUGACAUCUCGCUGCCCAAAUCGGCGACAAUUUGCUACACAGCGGCGCUGCUCAAGGCACGGGCUGUGGCCGAUAAAUUCUCACCGGACAUUGCCUCGAAACGUGGUCUAAGUCCGGCCGAAAUGAGCGCUGUGGAGGCCAUACAUCGGGCGGUGGAAUUCAAUCCGCAUGUGCCGAAAUAUUUGCUGGAAACAAAGCCGCUCAUUUUGCCGCCGGAGCAUAUAUUGAAACGCGGCGAUUCCGAGGCAUUGGCGUAUGCGUUCUUCCAUCUGAAGCACUGGAAACAGGUGGAGGGCGCAUUGAAUUUGCUCCACUGCACCUGGGAGGGCACAUUUCGUAUGCUGCCGUAUCCAUUGGAGCGCGGACAUCUCUUCUAUCCAUAUCCGACGUGCACAGAGUGCGCCGAUCGUGAACUGUUGCCGGCCUUCCAUGAGGUCUCGGUCUAUCCGAAAAAGGAGUUGCCAUUCUUUAUACUCUUCACGGCGGGCUUGUGCUCGUUUACCGCAUUGCUGGCGCUGCUAACGCAUCAGUAUCCGGAGCCGAUGGGUCUGCUGGCACAGACGGUACUUACAUGGAUCCUCUAUCCCAUACAGCUGCUCAAGGAGCGCAUCGAGGCAUUCUGGCCGUGCAAUCUGCUCCAGCAAUUGUCGCGAGUCUAAAACAACAAAAAAAAAACAAAUUACAAA